AACUCUGCGUAAGCGGGAUUUACAUUAGUAGAUUCAUUACAGAGAGACUGUACCCCUGAGUUUUUUGAUCCCAGUCUUUAGCAAUCAGAUUUGCAGUGUGAACAAUGACACGCAUUCCACUUUUAUAUCGCAGAAACAUCAUCUUGCUGCAGGCAUAAACAUUACAGACAUACUUGUACCUGUACUUCGUAAGAACAGGUAUGCAUAAUUCUGAACUGAUCACCCUGACAUUGUGCAUAGAUUAUGCUCAGAGAGAUUACGACUGUGCGCACAAUGAUUCGAGGGACCCGUCACAAAAUACUUGGUCCCCCUCGGACCAGAGGAGGUACGACACGCGUGCCUCGAUUUAGCAAUAACGUUGAGCAUGGGCAUUAUUAUCCGCCCACAACGUUAUUGCAGAGGCUAAUUGCUAAAUUGAGGCACGCGUGUCCGUGUCAUACCUCCUCUGCCCCCGGACCAAAAUGUCAGGAAAAAACCAUAAUAAUUAUUUGGUCGGGGGGGGGGGGGGGUCGAACAAUAUUUCAGCUAGCAGCGAUCGACUGUUAAAGAUUUUAUUCUAGCCUUACUUCAAUUGUAUUUGCCAUGCAUAAACUGUUCAAGAAAUUAUUACAGUGCAGAGGACCUUUACAGGCUCGAAUUUUCUCUAAUUGAAGAGAGGCUCAAGAUUUCGAGGCUAAGACAUGUAUAAGCUAGCCAAGAUCAAGAUCAACUGUUCAUGUUGUAUGUUGCCUUACAGAGUUGCCAUCAGUGUAUAUAGAUAUACGGCUAAACACAAAAUGAUUCCAGCAAAUGCUAUCUACAGAUUAUACACAUAUACUGUUUUGAUUGCUGCAGGCAUCGACUUUUACCAUAGAUAAAAGAUUGGCAACGGGUCAGUGACUCACCUCACAUAAGCUGCAUAUAAAAUGCACAUGAUACAGCCGUGUUUCGCUCCCUGCCCCGGCCCGGGAAAACUACUUAUGGGUUGUUUUGGAAAAUUCAGACCUUAUAGGUUAAAUUUGGUUUGGAUUGCUAGAAGAGGUACAGAACAUUCUUUUUCGCUAUUUUAGGAUGUUUCUGUACCUAGAGUAAGUAAUCAAUUUUCGACAGACACCUAUAAUCGGCGGCUAUUACACGAAGCACAGGACGAUUUUACACAAAACUAACUAUACAUGGAUCUACAGAUGUAGCUGGUGGCCAGGGGACAUGCUUAUAUAGGAUUUGUACUGCUGCACUGAAGAGUGCAGCCCAAUCAGAUUGCAGUAUUUCUAAGCUAACGAUAUUCAUAACCGGACGUGCGGUUUAUUCAUGAUGCUUACAGAGCAGUAUUGCAUAACACAGCAGUACAAAUCCUACACAAGCAUGUCCCCCGGCCACUCGUUGGAAAUGGGUGCCGGGCUAUGCCCAGCUACUACAGAUGGGUAAGAAAGUAACAGCUCCCAAAAAUUUUGAAAAAAUAACUUGUUGCGGACGGAGUGGUGGUCAUGAGAAGUAAGCUGCCAAUUAUCGUCAGUCAGACAUCUAUCUCCGUCUUUUCACGCUUACCAAGCACUGAAACCAAGCACUGAAACCAUAGAUAGAAGAGAAAGGGAUUGGCAACGGAAGCAGUUCACGUGAUGCUUUUACAUUGAGUGUACACAGAUGGGCCUGAAACCAUCCGUGUUUCGCCCUAAAACUCCCGGGAAACUUAUUGUGUCUAACGCCUAUUUCUCAAAGACCCCUCCAACACUUAAACACAUGCCCCCUGAUGGUAGGUAUCAUUUAAAAAUGAAUAAAAUAUAAUCUUGAUUUUCGUGAAGUAGCUAGAGGUACACAGAGCGUCUGUCAGAGGCUUUUUCAUACUUGUGCUCCUAUAGCACCUAUGAUAUAGCUAAGGUUGUGUUAUUAAGUAGUGUGCUAUGUCCCAAAUGGCCACACAAAUGACGUGAAGUUGAUGUUAGUAGUAGAACUGCUUGUAGACUUUUUUUACAGGCGGCAAAAACAAUUCUCAUGAAUUAUUCAUGUUUAGACUCCCACGUUAGAAGUAAGCCUCGAGGCGAAACACGGAUGGUACCGGAAGUGCACUCCGUUGCUAAUCCCUUUCCUUCUAUCUAUGCUGUGAGCUCUCUUGCAGUGGCUCUGGCAGUGGCCAUUGUGCGGAGAAUAAAUUAUUGCUGAUUCAGUUAACUGACAUGCCCCUCUUAUUUUUAUUUUGCCAUUUUGUUUUGAUUUGCGAGGUUUCAGACUAAAGGGGGUCCGGAUUAGCAAGGGUAUACUAUAAUAGCUUCAUGUAAAGGUUUGGCGUCUCCACCGAGGCAGCACCCGCGGUGAUUUAAUUUGAUUCAUGAAUAAAUUACUUCUACUUUUUCCCGCAGGUGGUAGCAAAAACGAGAAUUAUAUCAAACUACUACCAUUGGAAAGCUACAAUCAAUUUGACAGAGCAGUUUGAAAUAUUAAUAUGUCUAUACCGGUAACACACCACCCUUACGGGAUGACAUAACUUCUAAAGGAGAAUGCUUCGAUGUGUUGUAGGCGUAUUACAAGAUAAUUCUGUUGUAUCAACAAACUUCACAAGCAUGGUUUGGAUGGUUUGGUUGAACUGCUCAACUAAGUCCAUUUGCCUGCAGCAAUAAUUUACAUGUAAGCAAUGUCAAAAAUGUGUGUAUAAUUAUAUGUACGCACUAUUAUAAUUAUUAUCACACUAUUAUAUUAUCACACCUGCAUGCGGGUGGUAAGGAGACCGAUGUUGAAUACCCAAUAUUAAUUACCAUUAGUCUUAUCAUCCAUAUCAUUGUGAAACUCUCCACCCUGAUUGGAAGUGAUGACUCUGGCAGUCCAAACAUCAUGAAAACCUGGAUGUACUUAAUUUAGUACGUUGUAGAGAGAAGCAGCAACUCCAGAAGUAAGCUUGUUUUCCAAUUUUAAAGAAUUUUAGAAAAUUUGUAAUAACAAUAAAAUUAUUAUGUCUACGCUAAUAAUAAAUCGAAAAUGUACUUUUGAGAAUAUAAUAAUUAUUAUGCUAAGCAAGAUAGCCCUUUUUUCAUCUAUAUCUGACUCCAAACGUAUGUUUCAUUCAACCUUAAAACUCAUACUUAUUGACCAAUAAUGAAUUUUGCUGCAAAUCCGCCAAAAUCUUGUACCGUAUAAAAUUAUGAAAACGCUAAAAAUUACUAAUAAUAGUAACUUAAGCUUUAUAGACUAGGUAAUGCAAACCUCAUCAACAACAUCCAGUGUAGUUAGUUGCUUUCCUUCUGAUCACUCUCUUCUCAUUCUUUGUAGCCUCAGGAUAUAAAGUUCUUGAGUGUAUAUAUCUAUACGCCAUCUAGCCUGCUUUCUCUAUUAAUAUACUCUCAGUCUGUUCUCUUCAAUCUUGAUCGUGAUGUGUAUGCAAACAGGCUAGCUAUAGUAUGCUACAGCCUGCUCUCAUUGGCUAGGGAGGACCAAAUAUCGCUGCCAUAGAUAGUUCGGGGGACCAUCUACAGCGUUACAGAGAUAUAAUUACACAAUUUAAGUCACGUAGAUUUAUGUACAGAGAAGAAAUGUUUGUGGGUUAUAAUAUUUGCGUUUCAAUGCCAAGAAACCACGCCCACCAAUAGCUUUGCAUGUGAAACGCCGGUACGUGGGAGUUUUCGCAUUAACUGCUCUGCCCUUGAAAAAUGCGAAAUUUUUGCAUCUCACGAAAAUUUCCCGCUAUACAGAUUUGCAGCACCAUGGGUAGGAAUAUCAGUACAAUACUUAUUACAUAAACACGAAAUAAAGAGGAUUCAAAUAGACAUUCUAGCACUUCUGCGACCUUGUAUUUUAAGAUCAUCAGUGCACACAGAUUAGCUUUCACAUGUGUAGAAAAUGUAUCUAACCGGUUUAUGUGCAAGGUUUCUAUUUACAGAAUCUCAUUCAUACAAACAACAUGUUGUCACACACCCAGAAAUAAACUUAAUAUUGAUGAGAAAAGUUCCGCAUUAUUGUCCUAAACUUGUUUAGUGUACAAGGAUAAUCGUAUACAAGUAUAGAAACACGAACUGGAUUCAUACCAAUGUUUACAGUUCAACUUCCAUAAUGUGACAUGUUUUCCGGUACAAUCAUGUUUGCAAUGGCUCUAUACAAAUAUAAUUUUAACAGCAUCUCACACUAGUGGGAAAAAUAACCAUGAGUUCACUAAAAAAAGUAUUGCUUGUCUUCUGCUUAGUAAUUAUUAUUGGAGACACAGUCUACUCUCAACUCACCACCAGCUACAGUGACAGAGCUUGUCCAGGACUUCAAACCUUCACGUGCAAGGGGGCAGGGGAUAGAGCUGAAUGGCGAAUACUUCCCAGCGGAGAAGACUUUAUUUACUUUGUGGAUGUCUCCAGCACUACAAGAACAGCAACAAGGCGUAUCGGAGGAGAAACAGCAAUAGGCAUAUUCAACAGCAACACAAUAACUGGAAAUUUCACAGCCUUGUUAGUAGUAUCUAUUUCAAAUUCUCUGGAAGGAGCCAGGGUAUCAUGUCGUGGCUUGGGAAGUACAGACAUUGGAAUCUUGAUCAUUCAAAUAGCUAGUACCCCAUCAGCACCACAUAGCUUCUAUCAACUGAACCGACUGAUUUCCAGCAGCUCAGUGGAUGUGACUCUGGGUUGGAAUGCUCCAAAUAACACUGGUGGUGCUAAUAUUGUUAGCUACACAGUGACUAUCUCCCCUCCAGUACAGCUCCCCGCUAGUGUCGUCUCCACUACCACUGCAAUUGUAUUCGGGGCAGAAUACAAUGUGCUAUAUAACGUCUGUGUUGUGGCCACCAAUUGUAUUGGAAUGAGCACAACACCUGGAGUAUUCACUUUUCAAGUUGGUAGAUGCCCCACACCGGUUGCUCCCAGCAGUGGGUUGAUUGGACCAAUGGGGAACAGACUAGUAGGCUCGACAGUGACAUUUCAAUGUGGCCCAGGGUUUGAGCCGAGUGGAUUGGUGACAGCCACGUGCAUGAGCACACUCAUUUGGAGUCCAGACCCAGCAACUUUUCAGUGCACCACAACAAGUGCACAGGGCACUGUGAUGUUCAGCACAAUACAACUUGCUAUUAGUUUAGUGGUGACAUUCAUUUCAUCAGCACUAAUUGGACUAGCAGUAGGGGUAUGUGGAGCAUGCCUGAUCAUGCACAAACGAUCAUCUCUAGCAAUGGAUCAGAUGAACAACCCAGCAGAACCAGCUGAAUACGAGGAAGUACAGCCCAACCCAUGGAACAUUGGAGUGAACGCAGCCUAUAGCACAGUUACACAGUCCUGAUUCUACCAUAAUUAUUACUAUCAAAAUAUUGCUCAAUAAUAAUUGUAAUCGCAGCACCUGAAUACUAUGCCUUGAGGCAUGUUUUACUGUGGUGAAGAGUUUUACUUAAGAGUUAUGGAGCAUGAGUAUUAUGACGGAUUUCCUGUCCAAGACGCCAAAUUAAAAUACCGGCCAUGUAGUGCUCAUUCCACACCACUCACUCAGACAAGACCUGUACAAGACCUGUACAAUGACCAUCGUCACAAAGGCCACAAAAGAGAUGAAAAGCACAAUAACACUAAAUACACCACAU